GAUUGAGCUUGCGAUGGCAGGGAAGGAGGUCAUGACGGCUUGUUUACGAAAUUGGCAGAUUGUUCAGUUAUGAAGUGAAAAUUAAUUGAUGUUGUGUUUGUACGAUAUUACCAUCAGAGUAUCAAGAAACAGGAUAGACAGAAAUGCUGUUUAGUGACUGUCACAAAGCGCCAUAUGUAAGAACUACUUAAUGCAGCAUUGGAGCAGGAAGAAGGGAAUGAUGGGAGAUGACCCACCUUACCUUGCAGUUGGCACUGAGGUUAGUGCUAAAUAUAAAGGAGCAUUCUGCGAAGCCAAGGUGCGAAAGGUGAUCAGAAGCGUCAAGUGUAAGGUAACCUUCAAGCCUGGCCUUGGCUCUGCAAUCAUUACGGACGACCAGAUUAGAGGCACGCUUAGGGUUGGAUCUGUAUGUGAAGCGAAACAUCCUGACAAGAAAGAAUUUGUUGAAGCUACCAUAAACAAAAUACAGGAUUGUAGCCAGUACACUGUUGUUUUUGAUGACGGUGACAUCACUACGCUUAGAAGAACUGCCCUCUGUUUGAAAAGUGGUCGUCAUUUUGCUGAAAGUGAAACGUUGGAUCAGCUACCAUUAACACACCCAGAGCACUUUGGAAAUCCAGUCAUAGGAGGCCGGAAAGGAAGGCGAAGCCGUCAGAUACAUGAUGACAGUAGUGAUGAUGAAGAUAGCCCAAGGAAAGGGAAGAGGAAGGAGGAGAAGGAAGCUGACAUUGGGAAAGUUGUAUGUGUGGAGCUGGGAGACAAGAAGAAGCAGAAAGAUAACUGGUUCCCAGGUUUGGUUGUGGCCCCCACAGCUCAAGACACAGUGCGAAUACGGGUCCGUGACGAAUACCUUGUGCGCUCCUUUAAGGAUGGAAGAUAUUUUACAGUACCAAAGAAGGAAGCCACAGAAUUUACUAGAGAAAUUGGGGCAAAAGUAGAUAAUAAUACUCUAAGAACUGCAGUAGAGAAAGCCCUUCUAUUCCUGGACAGGGAUGAGCUACCACCUCAUUGGGAUCGGGACCUGUUAUUUGGAAUGGAUGGCAGUAGUGGCAACAGUGACAGCGAUGGAGGGCUUGAUUCAGACAGUUCUGAUGAUGAGCCACGGGAAGAAAAGGAUCACUUUGUAGCUCAGUUGUACAAGUUCAUGGAUGACAGAGGUACACCAAUAAACAAGGGACCCAUCAUUGGCAAUAGAGAUGUGGAUUUAUACAAACUUUUUAAGGUUGUUCAUAAGCUGGGUGGAUACAACCGGGUUACAAAUCAAAACCAAUGGAAGAUAAUCUCUCAUAAGUUGGGUUUUGGCCAAGGUAGUUCGAGCAUUGUGAAUCUCGUUAAACAAGCAUACAAGAAGUUCCUGCAUAGUUUCGAAGAUUUCUAUCGGAAAUUGGGUUGCACAAUGGUUAACCAUCCUCGUGGCAACAGAUCAAGACAUCGGUCAGGUCGGAGUCUUAUUAGGGACCGGGACCGUGCAACUCCUAUUAAUCCAUUGAAGGACAAAAUAAGUGAUAAACCUUCUACACCAGUGGUUAUUGAGAAAGUUCCUGAUGUUACAGAAAAGGAUAAUUCUCAGACUGAUAAGAAGGAGGAUGCAGAAAAGCCUAGUGAAACAGAGAGAAAAGAAAAGUUGGAAGAAACGCAUAAACCAAAAGUUCAGAAGAAAGAAAAAUCCAAACAAAAAGAGGAAAAAGCUGAUAAUUCAACUAAAGAAGAGAAGAAGGCUGAGAAAUUGAGAGUAAAGGAUGUGAUGGAAGAGGAGUUAAUGGUAGAUAAGUCUAAAGUGAAGGAAGAAAAACCUAGAGCAUGUGACACAAUAAAAGAUGAACCUGACGAAAUUGUAGAAAGGUUACGGGUAAGAGAGACACGAAAAGAAGAUAAAGGCAAAGAAAUUCGCACUCGAGUGACUCUUGAAGAUGACAGUAGCAGCAGUAGUACAAGUAAGACUGAAGUUAAGAGCUCUGAAGACUUGAUGAGGUCACGACUGGUUCCAAAUCUUGCCAUUCAUUUGUCCCAAGAUGAAUCAAGUUCCGAGGAAAAAUUAAAGGUUAAGGAUGUAAAGCAGAAACCAAAGGAUAAUAAAGCAAAGAAAGAAGAAAAAAUCAAGAUGGUAGGAGAAAGGGUACAAGUUAAAGAAGAGAAAGUUGAGGUAAAACAGAAAGAUGAAAAAGUAAAAGAAGACAAGCCAAAAAUAUCAUUAGAAGAAGAGAAACUGGAUGAGGCAAAGAAGAAAUCUGAGAAAAAGCCAGAAGACGAAGAGAAGCAAACACGAUCUAAAUCAAAGGAGGAUGUACGACUGAAGAAGGAUACUGUAAUCCCAGAUCGGCGCUCAAGUGAAAGUCGGACUCCUGUGAGAGAAUCUGAGAAGAGGGUCCUUCCUCGUCCCAAGAAAGAAGAAGAGAUGGUUCUCGCAUUAAAGAAACGUGGCCGCAAGCGUAAGGACACUGAUGAGAAGUCCAAGUCAGAAGAAACUAUGGGCCAGUUGGCAAGUUAUAUCUCUGUGGGCAUAGGAGACAAGUUGAAAGUUUACUAUGGUCCAACUCAUGAAUCCAAGGUCACAUAUGAGGCAAAGGUACUAGAUAUUGAAGAGGAUGGAAACGAGAGUGUGUAUCUGGUGCAUUACACGGGUUGGAACACUCGCUACGACGAGUGGAUCAAACGGGGGAGAAUUGCUGACAAUCUGAGUUGGACUCCCUCUAGAGCCAAACGCCUCAGGCACCAGCAAGCACAAGCACAGCUCAAGGCUUCAAAACCAUCGCUGGGUAAACGAGGCCGACCAUCAGUAUGUGGUCGAACACCUGAUGUGCCAAACGCACAACAGCCUCCCCGCUCUACAACACCAUCCUCAGUGACUUCAUCCUCAAGUCGCACAAAGUCACCAGCAACAUCAACUUCGGCAUCUCGGUCAAAUUGUAGCAGUCGUAUUACCCGCAAUACUAGUGAACCCAACAGUAUGGUACCUGGCUCAGAGUUCCGCAGACGCACACGGAGGAUGUCUGGACACACAGAUAUUUCCAUGCCAUCGGAGUCAGAGAGUGAGGAGUAUGAGUCUGAGAUAGAGGUUGAGAUAGAACCAACACAAACAAGAAGUAAAACAGAAAAGAGAAUUUUGUUAGCAGAAAAAGAAGCCAGUAAAGAUGAAUUUCCAAAAGAAGAUUCAAAAAAACUGGAGAGGCCAUUUAGGCGGAAGGCAGGCAAGAGAAAGGAAGAAGAAGAUGAAGAUGAUAAAGAGAGUACAAGAGAAGAUGAUAGUAUAGAUCUUACCCCUGACACAGAUGCACCAAGUGAAGUGCUUCAAAGUUCAGAGAAAAGACGAAGCAAGCGGACAAAAAAGAUGUUGGUCACGCCAAUCUUAGAGAAGAAACCAGAGAAUGAGGCUAAAGUUGAGGCCUGCAUAAAACAAGAGCCUGGCACUGAAAGUGAAGAGGAACAGCCAAAAGGCAGAGAUUUUGAUCUCAAUCAGAUCAGAUCAGAGCUGAAAGGAAUUGAAAAAGCUGUAAAGCUCUCACAGGAUGUACAUCGAACAGAGGAGAAAUGUUCACAGCUGAUCUUGGAUGACAAGACGGGACUUAUCGAUGUUAGGUGCAAGACAGAGGAGGAGGAGGAUGACGACGAGGAGGGGGAAGGGGAAAUACAGUCCAAGGCUGUGGAAGAAAAGGUACCAGAAAAGGUAGAAGAACCAAACACAGAAGAUGUAUAUGAGUUUAAGGAACCCGAACCAUUUGAAUUUGAAGUUCGAUCAAAACGGGACACACUGUCAGAUGAAAGGGCCGGUAAGCUGAAUAGACGACCAAGAAUCUUCGAUGAUGUUAUAGAACUCAAAGAAGAAAAGUCUCCAAGAAAGAAGCUUAUUAGGUCUGCCAUACCAAAUAAGACUGAGGGGAAAGGUGAUACACCAUUUGAAGAAGUGAAAAAGAGGUUCAGACGUUCCAUCCCUAAGAAGGUGGAGACAGCUACAGAACUGAAAAGAAAAGACACAGCACUUGCUGAUGAGCUGCAGCUCGCUUCUGUCAAACCAUUAUCAGUAGACCCAGUGACUCCACAGAAAUCUCGCCCAUUAUCAGCUUGUGAAGAAGCUUUUGAUAAAUUGUGUGAGUCCCCAUCAUACCAUGUGACCACUAAGCCUUGUGAAAAUCAAGCAGCUAGCCCAUUGGCUCCAAAAGCCAUAAAGUCUCCUGAACUGGAACCCCUCAGUCUUUUCAGCGAAUUACCAGGUGAGGGGCCAGAUGAUGAAGGUGAAGAUGACAGUGAGGACCGCCUUGUUAUCUCAGAAGCUGAUGAAACAGAGACAGAAACGGAGGAACCCUUAUUCACAUAUCCACAGCGUCAUCAUGAAGAACUCUUCCCCACUCUGGUGAAUUCAGAAUCCACUGAUCCCACUCCUGCUCCAGAACCAUCAGUUGCACCAUCUAAAUCACCUGAACCACCACAGCUGCUUCCUAUGGCAGCAGAUAUCUUCACAAGCUUUGGUUCGGAGAAAAAUGAAGAGGUAACACAAAGAGAGGCAGGAAAUGAAGAAUCAGGAAAGGGAAAUGAAAAGUCUUCUGGUGUUCAGAUAAGUGAUGAUGUGAUGAAACUGCUUCUAAAGGGUGGAGAAGAUGACGAGUACGAAGAUGACCCGAUCAAUGCAGCAAUUCAGCGAGUAAUUGAACAGUCCAUGACAGAUGAAGAAUCCAAUGACAUGGACAUUUUUGAUGACAAGAAGUCACUGUGCAACAUAGGUAGCAUACAGCAAGAAGCAAUGGCUGCACCUAAGCAUGAGCCUCCAGCUAUUGAAGAACCAAGAAAGCAUCCACCAUCAAAGGAGACAGGAAAGAGGAAGACAGGUGGCAGAAAGCCUGUUCUCAGCAAGGAAUUUGUUGAAGAUACAGACUCUGACAGCGACAGUAGUGAUGAGGAAGAAAGACUUGUGAUUGCAAAAAUUGACGAUGAAGAUGACAAUAUGAGUAGUUCAUCAAGCCAGUGCAGCCUGAAAUUACGUGUGAAUGAAUCGUCUGACUUUGAAAUGAAGCUUCGUUUGAGUGACAGGGAUGAGGACAGUAAAACAGAUGCUGAGGAGAGUGAAUGUAAGCCAGAGGUUAUUGAAACGUCACUGUGUGUUACAACAACAGUGGAGAAAGAUGUUGAGGACAGUGGGAAAGUUGACGGGCUGGUAGAAGCAGAAACAAGUCAUUGUGUAGGUGAAGGUGAAAGUGCAGUUCCUGUUGAGACUGAUGAAGUUGCUACUAAUGUUCAGGAUGCAGAGCCCACAGAACUUGCAAGUGCUGUUGUUGUGGAGUCUAAUUCUUUGCCAAAGAAAGGAAGUUUUCCUGAAGUGCUGGAAGAAGAAAAUGUUGAAGUGGCAGUUUCUGUACUUCAGACACCAGCGGAGGAAUCAGAUGACAAGUCUGAAGAGCAAGCUGAGAGCAAUUUACGAUCAUUAUUAUGUGAGGAGACCAUUCCUGGUAGUCCAGCUCCACCUAGCGAUUCUGCUCAAACCAUUGAACCAUGCCACAAAGAGCCAGAAGAGAGUAAAACAGCAGUACUAGAAAUGCCAUUUGCAAGUGCACCUGGUAGCAAUUGCACAUCUAGUUCAAGUAAUGGGAAGUUGGCAGCAGCACCCAUCUUUGCAUCUCCAGUCAUGGAUUCUCCAGGAGCAAUAGUCCCAAUAACGUUAGGUCUCUCAGCUCCUAUUCAAAUACAGACCAGGUCUGCAUCUGCAUCUCCUACUGUUUCUUCCCCACCGCCUCAGGUGCAAGUGCAGCCUCCCCCAGUUUCAGUUGUGGGCCCAGAGCCUGGAUCAGGCUUGCAAGGGCCUGGUCCAGGUGUAUCAAAAAGAAAUUCAAAUGAAGCAGCUCCUGUAAUGGAUAAUACUCCACCCACUACACCUGACAGUAGUCUGUCUACAAUAUCAGGCUCACCAAGAGAAGAACGAGAUGGAAUGUCACCUAUCCUGGAUAAUGAAAGCUCAAAGUCACAUAGGGAUUCAUUUGAAAUAGACCUCGACAGCUGUGCUGAAGGCAACAAAGUGGACCAUUAUAGUGAAGAAGACUCUCUGCUUAAUAUAGACGUUUCAAACUCCAGUGAAAAUAGGUUACGAGGUCCAAAAUUGUUGUCAAAGAAAACUUGUUCUGAUAUUGACAAGGACAUGGAGUCCUCACCUAAGAAACGGAGGCGUAGCAGGAAGAGAUCAGAGUGUGAAAGUAAUAAGAGAUCAAGACAUUCUUCUGGGAGAUCGGCACGGAAUAUUGGUAAAAGAAAUUCUGUAAUGAUUCCAUCUGAUAAAACUAUGAGACAUUACAUUUUUUCCUUCUGGACGUGUACUCUAGUUGAUUGUAAAAUUUAUUUGUGUGCAGUUGUGGGGGAUGUUGCCAGGGUUUUGGAAGUACACACAGCCUCCAUCUUCAGGGUCAAAGGAAUGGUUGAAGGUCAGGGCAAGAACCUUAUAUUCUUGAUCACAGAGGUCAGCUUCUUGUUCAUUUCCAAUAACCUUGUUCCUUUUUCAGGAGGAGGAGGGGGUGGCACUGGUGGAGGAGGAGGAGGUGGUGGUGGUGGUGGGGGUAGUGAUAGUGAUGACACCUCUGAAAACUCCACUGCAGGUGGCUGUACUCCUUUAACUAGUACAGAAACUGUUCUGUCCUCACGGUCACCACGACCUUCAAAGUACAACUUUUAUGUUGAAUUAGAUCCUGAAUUGGAUGGCACACAACGUAUCGCUUUGUUGCAGGAGAAGCUUCAGGAACUGAGGAAAACUUACAUGAAUGUGAAAGCAGAACUUGCAUGUAUUGACAGGCGGAGAAAAAAACUGAGGCGAAGGGAGCGUGAAGAGAAAGCAACAAAACAGGAAGUGAUGUGUUUGUGAUGCUAAUAUUUCACGUUCCUCUGAGUCCAUGCAGUGAGCAAGUGAUUUCAUAUUACCAUUACAUUUGAAGGUCAGGAGGGGUAGUAACUGCACAAACUGUAGUUUUAUAUAAAAGUAAAAUAUUUUCAUGGCAAAUGUACAAAGUUAGUUUCUCAGACAUUUUAAUAAUGGUUUGAUGUUUAAGCAUUGCAUUUCAACCAUUGUGAGAUGGUUUAACCCUUGUGAAAGCAAUAGGAACUGCUGAAUUGAAACAAUCUGUAUAAAGUUUUAAAUGAAGAAUGCAUGAAGUUUGUGAGUUGUAAAGUGUACAGUGAAAACUUAAUGUUCGUUAUCUAACUUGGACAAACGAAAGAUUCAGAACAAAAGUUGACAGUGUGCAUAAUAUCAGUGUUGACAAGCAGUGAGAUUUUAAAAUGGCCAUGAAGUAAUAUUUUAUAAAUUUCUAUUUUUAUGCAAUGCCAGUUUUGCUUUCAGAAGUGAAUGGCAUUUAUUGAUGUUUUAUUUAUUUCUUGUGUAGAGCUGAUCAGGGACAUUUAUAAUAGAAGAAGACUAUAAACUGUAUUAUCUUGUCAGCAAAUAAUAUAUGACAGAGAGGUAAUAAAGGUGUACAGAAAAGCAGAGAACUGUAUUAAGUUUUAUAUUUUAGAUUAUUGACACAUUUAUUCAAAAUUGUUUAAAAAUAUUCCUUUAAUUUUGUUGUGAUUCACCUGAGCAGUUCAAAUCAAGUCGUGGACAUUGUUAGAAACUUGAAUAGAUAUUUUUGUGCUCAUUCAUUUUCCAUAAAUAUAUGUUUUAACCAAUAUUAUCAUAAGUAACAAAAUGAUGGCACAAAUUGGCAUAAGUUCUGCUUGUAUGUACUGGUCACAUUCUGUUUCUCGUUCACUCAGUUAUAAUUCUACAGUGAUUGAAGUAGAUAACAGUUUCUGUGCACAUAUAUUUUAUAGGCAGUGUACUAAAUGCCUACCUUUCCUCAGCGUUAGCCAGUGCUUUGAUACAAAGUUAAAUUUUUGACUUUGCAUUAAUGUUUAUAGACAAUUUUAGAAAUAAGUUUUUUUAUUAUUAUUAUUAUUAUUAUUAUUAUUAUUAGCAACAUCUGUUGGUUCUGAAAAUUUGAAAAUCCUGGUGAUAAAUUUGGCAAGAACAGAAACCAGAGCUAGUUAGAAAUGUACCUGUGUGUCAAUAGCAUUUGUUCUUACAUCAUUAGAGCUGCUUGCUUUUAAAGAAUAGACAAUGAAGGUUCCAAUAGAGACCACCUACAAAGUAGCUGAAACAGUUUUCUGCUUGGUGUAUUGUCACACCAAUCUUAAUUGUUGUUUUCAUAUACAUUGUGAAUGACAGCUAUGUAAAUGUUUCCUAAAAUGUUAAUAUAUAAAUACAGAUAUAUUGUUAAUAAAUAAAAUGGAUAGGAAAUUUU